AGCGAGAGCCUUCAGUGCAACGGCUGGUAGGAAAAUAGACGGACGUUGUCUUACCCCUUGCCGCCGCUGCACCACAGCACGUGAAAAUGACCGUCGACACUGUAACUGCAGCUCGUCCUGGUCGCAAAGGAUGCAAAGACCUCAUUCCUGCUCGCUACAUUGUGGCGAUUUUGGCGUUUUUCGGCCUAUGUGUGCAGUACACGCUGAAGGUGAAUCUGUCAGUUGCCAUCGUCGCUAUGGUCAAAACAAAUACCAGCUCUGACAGCGGUGAUGACGGGACGAUAGAUGCUUGUCCAGCAACGGAGAGCAACGCCGGAGAUGGCAAUACAACUCAGACUACUGGUGACUUUGACUGGGAUGCGCAGACACAGGCCGAAGUGCUAGCUUCUUACUACUAUGGGUACGUUGCCACACAGCUUCUUGGUGGUUUUCUCGGUGAAAAAUAUGGAGCUCGAUAUAUAUGUGGGCCUGGUUUAUUUAUCGCUGGGCUCCUCACCGUCGUAUCGCCAUGGACAGCAUACGUGAACACAUACUUCUUUAUGGUUGUACGAGCUCUGGAGGGAGCUGCUUCAGGGGUUGUUGUUCCUUCAUUGCAAUCAUUGGUUUCAAAGUGGUUUCCUCCAGAAGAAAGGACAAGACUGUCAGGUGUAAUCUUUUCAGCACUCAAUUUAGGCAGUGUGCUUUCCAUGGGAUUGUCUGGUAUCUUAGCUGCUGCUGGUGGAUGGCCACUGGUGUUCUACUUCUUUGGUGCUUUAGCUGUUGUAUGGUUCAUACCAUGGAUUUUCCUCAUUUAUGAUUCUCCUGAUAAACAUCCACGUAUUUCUGAGGAGGAAAAAGAAUAUAUUCUUAGCAGUCUUGGUGAGGAACUUAAUGCAAAGAAGGUUGCACCACCAGUGCCCUGGUUACAAUUGUUAACAUCAGUUCCUGUUUGGACAGCAAUUAUAUUUCAUACUGGAACAGCAUGGACAAUGUUCACAUUACUCAGUGAAAUGCCAACAUAUCUGAAAACAGUUCUGCAUUUCGACAUUGCACAGAGCGGUCUACUUUCUGCAUUGCCAUAUGUGUUUUGCUGGGUGUUUGGCAGUGUAUUUGGUUGGCUAUCUCAAUGGAUCCGAGGGAAGGGAUACCUCUCUCACUUGGCAGCGUACAGAGUUUUCAAUGCAGUUGCGGCAAUUGGGCCAGCAGUAGCUUUUAUCAUCAUUACAUUUGUGGGCUGCAAUUCAAGUGUUAUUGUGGUUCUUCUAAUAAUAACAACAACAACAAACUCAGCACUCUAUGGAGGAAGUUAUCUUAAUCACAUGGAUCUGGCACGCAACUUUGCUGGUACAAUAUCAGGACUUCUUCACACAGUAGUUACAUCCUGUGGAAUAUUUGCUCCACUUGCUGUAGGAGCCCUGAUUAAUGAAAAUCCAUCACUUACACAAUGGAAUAUAGUAUUUUACAUUGCUGCAGGAAUUUCAGCAGGUACAUAUGUUUUGUACUUUGCAUUAGGAAGUGUUAAAGAGCAGUCCUGGAACACACCCAAAGUUGAAAAGGAAGAACCAAGUAUCAGCACAAUCACAGAGAAAGUAUAAUACCAAACAUCUAUUUGAUAUUUUGGUAGUAGGCCUUGUUGCCAUUGCUCAUCCGGCUGUGCUACAAUUGCAAAUGUAGCCACCAAAGAGACAUAGUACUUUGAUAUUAUCCUCGUAACUACUGUAUUAGAAGCUAUGAUCUGAGUACUAUAAAAUAUGUUUGUGUACCUUUAAUGAAAGUAUUCUUCCCCUACUAGCAGAAAAAUUGUGUACAGGAUUACAUUUGUAUGAACCUGACAAGUAGGGUUUUUGAAAGAUUGACAUUAAAUAUGUUAAUAUUUGAGCUUCAGUUGGUGCUCUAUCAUCUAAAUAAACUAUGUCUUUACUGUUCUGUCAGAUACAUUUCAUUUCAUUGACUGCUCCCUGUCUGACUGUUUUGUUCACAUAUUUGCAUGUCUGAUAUUACUGACUCUUUAUAGUGUCAGAACUCUAGUUAAUCAUAUACAUCAAGUGCUUUAAUGGACCACAGUAAAAAUUUGUUUCAUUCUCUUUCCAUAUUUUGCAAACAAAACUCAUUGAAGCUGUCACUCAGCCAACAUUUCUGGAAUGCAUGUGUGUAUUUGUAUGCACUUAUGUAGAUGUCUGAGUAUGUGAAAUAUCACCAUUAUAUCAUUUGUAUAAUACUUAACCCAUUUUAUGUCUAAACCAAACAUUUUAUUAGUAGGUAAAUUCCCUGAAUCUGUUUGUAGUUUAAUUUUCUUGUGGUACAAUAAACAUUAAUACUGUUGUAAACAGAAGAAAUACUCAUACACAAAAUAAACAAUAUUUAUGAACUUUGUAUCUCUUUAUUAUCCUGCAUGCCAUCCUCAGUAAUUGUUUUACUUGCUACGUAGAUAAAAAACAAUAACCCUAUCUGGUGUCUGCAAUAAAUAAAUAAUGGUGAAGUCUUAAAACUCAUACAUGCUCACCAGUCCUUUGAAUACAGCAAGACAGUUAUUAUUCAUCCCUUCUACAAAUUAUGUUACUGCAUAAACCUAAUCUUAAAUAAUAACAGUAUACUAGUAGCACAAUAGUUUCCAUGAAACUUGUUGCCUCUGCCAUUUCUAUGGAUA